AACAAAAAAAUGUACUAAUCUCUAAAAGAAGUUAGCCCUGGAAAUAAAAAUAUUACUACUAAAAUUAUUGAAAAAUAAAAAAAAAAUCAAAACCAUAAAACCCAACUCUAUGAUAAGGGGAGAUUUGAAUUAUUUGAGAUAAGAGUGUGCCACUUUUGGGAGCAAAUAUGGAUGGCCACCAAUUUUCCCUACCAGAGUAAACAUCAAUGUCCAAGAAAAAUUAUUUUACCCUUUGCCCAUUUCUUCCUCCAUUAUAUUUUCUCUUGUCAUGCCAUUUUUAUUCCAACAUUGCAGCCAAAUUGCCAACUGCCAAGCUGUUGAACUAAAAAGAAAAAAAAAAAAAGAGAUUUUCUAAAAACCCCAAAUAUCUCUUCUGUGAUACAAUAUAGCAGUAUCAGCUAGUAGAUAUUUGUGGCCUUUUCUCUUUCUCUCUCUAAUUUAGAGUCAUCUUUAUGUUAUUUCCUGAAAAAGCUUCUAUCAUUCUAAAUUUAGAGCCUCUUUUUUUUUAUACAUAGAUGGCCUUUUACUCUUUCGCUCUCUAAAUUAGAGUCAUCUUUCUUUUCUUUACUAAAAAAGCUUCUAUCUUUCUAAAUUUUAAGCCUCUUUUUCUUGCACAGUGAUACAAAUAGAAUAACACAUACUGUGAGACUGACAGUUUUGAAGUUCUUUUUUGUGGUUAACAGGUUAAGUGCAAUAAUCACUAGAGCAUGAAAAUCUCCAAAGGGCUUGACUUUGAGUAACACAUACUGUGAGACUGACAGUUUUGAAGUUCUUUUUUGUGGUUAACAGGUUAAGUGCAAUAAUCACUAGAGCAUGAAAAUCUCCAAAGGGCUUGACUUUGAGUCCUCAAUCCCAGCCCUGCCAUUUUUUAUAGGCGAGUUUUAGCCUAAUAUAUGCUCAGGAUUCUCAUAAAGUUACUUUGGUUUGCCAUUUAGCCACACUUGUAUUUUAGCGGCCUUUAUGGAAUUAACAGAGAGAGCUGAAAGAUGGAGAGGACCAGAUUGGAUUUAAGAUUUCAUCACUCUGGAUCAACAGAAUCAGAGGAAUCUGCUUUAGAUUUGGAAAGAAAUUGCUGCAAUCAUCUUAAUCUGCCUUCAUCAAGUCCUUCACCUCUUCAACCGUUUGCAUCCGGUGCUCAGCAUUCUGAGAGCAAUGCUGCCUACUUCUCAUGGCCUACUUCAAGUCGAUUAAUUGAUGCGGCAGAAGAUAGAGCAAACUAUUUUGGAAACCUACAGAAAGGGGUGUUGCCAGAAACUCUUGGACGGUUGCCAUCAGGGCAGCAAGCGACCACCUUACUUGAGUUGAUGACCAUUAGGGCAUUUCAUAGUAAAAAUCUGCGUAGGUUUAGUCUUGGCACAGCAAUUGGAUUCCGUAUUCGACGGGGUGUUUUGACAGAUAUACCAGCUAUUCUUGUCUUUGUUGCUCGAAAAGUUCAUAGGCAAUGGCUUUGCCAGUUUCAGUGUUUACCUGCUGCACUUGAGGGGCCAGGAGGUGUGUGGUGUGAUGUAGAUGUUGUUGAAUUUUCGUAUUAUGGUACACCAGCUGCAACUCCUAAAGAACAAUUAUAUACUGAACUUGUAGAUGGCUUGAGAGGAAGUGAUCCAAUCAUUGGUUCUGGUUCACAGGUUGCCAACCAAGAGACAUAUGGAACACUGGGUGCUAUUGUGAAGAGCCGAUCAGGAAAUCGGCAGGUAGGUUUCCUCACAAAUCGGCAUGUUGCAGUUGACUUGGACUACCCUAAUCAGAAGAUGUUUCAUCCUUUACCACCCAGCCUUGGGCCUGGAGUGUACCUUGGUGCUGUAGAGAGGGCAACCUCAUUUAUAACCGAUGUCCUUUGGUAUGGAAUCUUUGCUGGUAUAAAUCCAGAAACAUUUGUGCGAGCGGAUGGGGCUUUUAUUCCUUUUGCUGAAGAUUUCAACAUGAACAAUGUAACUACAACUGUAAAAGGCAUAGGUCAGAUUGUUGAUGUCCAUAUCAUAGACUUGCAGUCUCCAAUUAGCAGUCUUAUUGGAAGGCAAGUUGUCAAAGUGGGAAGAAGCUCUGGCUUGACCACUGGGACAAUAAUGGCGUAUGCUUUAGAGUACAAUGAUGAGAAAGGAAUCUGUUUCUUUACAGAUUUUCUUGUUGUUGGGGAGAAUCAGCAGACUUUUGACCUUGAAGGUGAUAGUGGAAGCCUCAUACUGUUAUCUGGUCAGAAUGGGGAGAAGCCACAGCCUGUUGGGAUCAUUUGGGGUGGGACUGCUAAUAGGGGUCGGCUGAAACUCAAAGUUGGCCAACCCCCAGAAAAUUGGACUAGUGGAGUUGAUCUUGGGCGUCUUCUUAAACUCCUUGAACUUGAUCUCAUCACAACCAGUGAAGGGCUUCAAGCUGCUGUGCAAGAUCAAAGAAAUGCUUCUGCAGCAAGGAUCGAUUCUACAGUUGGGGAGUCUUCUUCCCUGGUCCGGUUUCCAUCUAAAGAUAAGAUUGAAGAGAACUUUGAGCCUAUUAAUUUAAAUAUCCAGCAAGUUUCGGCUGAGGGUGAGCCCUCGCGAGGACGUAUAUUACCAAUCAUGCAUACUGAAUAUCGGGCAGAAGAUAGGGGUGAAGCAGCUGCCAAUGCGGAGCAUCAAUUUAUUCCGAGUUUCAAUGUAAGGUCACUAGUUCAUGAUAAGAACCAACGGGAAAACCUGGAAUCUAGAAAUCUUUCAGCAUUAAGGAAUGGCUUAGAUGAGGAUAUUUAUGUCUCACUGCAGUUAGGCGAGCAUGAACCAAAAAGAAGAAAAUAUUCAGAUGCCUUGUGUAGCAUCAAAGACUCGAAGUGAAAGAGUUUUCCCAAUAGGGGCAAAUUGCUUGGAGAUAUCUUUAUCAAAAUCAGGUCACACAAUUAUUUCUGUUAUAGCUUCAAAUUGUCGGGCCUUAUUAUAAGAAAAAAAAAAAAAAAAAAACUGGAAGUGUCAGUCACGUAAAGAAGGGGAGCAUAUCACCUACAAUCUUUGUCUCCCCAAUCAUUUGGUUAAAUUUCCACAGUAGGUUUACAUAUAUGGGUUAUACAGUCUUAGUAGAAAAUAAUGUUUAGAUGAUUCCUAUGCUAAAUAUUUCUUUGAUUCGUGUUACUCUGUUGAAUUGUUGUACCAUAAAGCACUCCGAAAGUGGGGACUAUGAACAGCUACCAAUAAUUAGAAACAUGGAAAUAUUAGUUUUGGCUAGCAUAAUUAUUAAUGAAUCUGCAACCUGAUAGCAACUGGGUUUACCUUCAAUGUUGCAGGAAUUGUUUCAAGGCCGAUGCUAGCUUUUGCAUUAACGUUGGGCGGAAUCCAUAGGGGUUUCGUCAUUUGCGGACGCGUCUC